GCUAUAGCUAUGCAUCCACACGUAGAAAACAGUAAUAUGGCAGUUGUUCAUUGCGUUAUGCUUUUUUGGUUCGACCGUUUCUUCACACUAACUUUUACGGUGGUUUAAGUAUUGGUUCAUAUUGCAAUCUGCUGGUAUAACACACUUACACGUACACUGUCCAGCAUCCGAUGCAUCUGCAAUUGAGCUGGGAAUGAACUAAUCAAUGUCCAAUAAUAUCAUCGCGCUCCUCGUACUGACGUAUCAUCAUAUUCGUGCUUCGGUUGUGAACUAUUGUCGCCAUUUGAUUCAUAUGACUACAUCCAGCGGCACCUAACCUCAGCCAGAACCCAGCCACAACGCCGGUAAACGCAUCCAACUUACAGCACAACAAAACACAUCAGUCAUUCAUUUGUUUUAAAUGCACAACAACCGUACUCUACUGUACUAAUAGCAAUUGAGAUUUCAUAUUGCUUUUAAUGCUUCUAUGACGCUCUUGCUGUUAACGCCUGCUGUUUGUGUCGCAGCUCGAUCUCUGCCGCUGCCUUACUAGAGUCAACAGUGUAUCCUGCUACGUAUUCCUCCAACUUGCUGUGCAUGUUUAAUGGUUGCAGUUGAAAGGAGCGCUUCUUGAACCAGGCCACAAAUAGCCGAAUAACAAGAAAAGGCGCGCGAAAGCUUGAAAUCCAGUUGCAUACGAAUAAUUCCGCAUAGUUUAAGGCUUGAGCACCAAACGUGGACCAUCGCCGGACAAAAUGGCACCAACGACAACAAUUGAAACUGUCACUAUCACGCGACCAUUGAAGGUUAUUGCUUUCAUCUGCGGUGUUAUCGUAAUCAUUUUGAUGAUCCUAGCCCUUACAUCCACCGAUUGGCUAAUGGCAGAAAGUUGGCGCCAAGGACUGUUUGUUCAUUGUAUUGAGGAAGGUUAUGAAUUGCCAUUGCCAUUCAAUCUGCAAGAUCCCGCCGGAUGCUAUCCAAGCCGCGAUGUUGCUUAUAUCAAGGCAACGGCAGCACUCUGCAUCAUCACACUUGUAACCGAUGCUCUGGCAACGUUUUUAACUGGAUUGGGUCUUCGUACCCAGGACCAUAACUUGAAAUAUAAGUUCUACCGUGUGGCUGUUCUCAUCAUGAUGGUUGCACUUAUAUCACUUCUCAUCGCGGUGAUCCUAUACCCGAUUUGCUUUGCAGCUGAAUUGAAUAUUGCCAAUCGGUUGGUAUGGGAGUUCGGGUGGGCGUAUGGUGUUGGCUGGGGCGCGGCAAUCUUUCUGUUCGGUGCCGUCGUGCUCCUGCUGUGCGACAAAGAGUCGGAGGAGAUCUACUACAAGGAAAGGAAAAUUGUACACGACGCAUCGUUAAGAGACUAGGCCAGGGCACACGCUCUGCCCGACGUUGUGCUUUAGACAAUAGGAGAGAAAUCAAGAGAAGAACACGCUAAAUCACGAUCCAUCAACUGUCCAAGCAGGAAUACACCGUCAUCGUAGCCGAAUCUCCCGAUCAAAGUGAAUGAUGCGUCUUGGCUAAAGCGAACAUCGUUGCACCCUGGUUAUUAUUAGCAUGGUUUUGGUUUCCUCCUUCUAUUUAUUUCUUGCAAUAACCUAAGCGGAAGUUUUGCAUAUGAAUCUCAGGCGAGAGCCGUUGCAUUCGUUACCAUUAUUUACAAACUCCCGGGAACGUUUAUUGCUGUAUGGCGCAACAAAACCAUACGCUUCUUUAUCGGGAAAGCAGAUUGAAUUGAAAUUGAUACGCGUUUCUAGUAUUUAUUGAACCACAAAUUUGCCAUAUAUCCUCGCACGCUGUGAAUGUCGAUUGUUUACAAUCUGGUUUAUGUUUUGUUUUGUUUAUUUUUCAUGCUGCUGCUAUAAAACCCGAUCUUAUAUCGGUAUCGGUAGCUGACGAUACGAUUGAUUGAGGUGAGACAUACAAUAAAAACACAGCACUACGUCAAAUUGUACAUAUACCAAUCCUCUCCAGCAGUCGAAUCGAAACCGGUUGCAAACUAAAAAGUGAAACAUAGCGUGGAAUACCUACCUAGUAACAAAUUGAACAAACAAAAACAUCCCCAUGCACAAGAACUUAGAUGCACGCGAUAUCUCUGUUUUCUCUUGAAACGAUCGGGCAGCGUUUAUAUCUUCUUUGUAGUUGGUUUGUAGCAGGACAGCCGAAGUAAGCUUAACGAUAACUCAUGUAGUGUUGUACGGAAUUUGUAGGUAUCGGGCAAACACAAAAGGAAAAACACAUGAUUGAGCGAAUACUCUCUUAGCACAGGCAGACAGGCUGAGCUCCCCUCCUUCCGAUUUAACAAUCGCAACACACUACACAUAUAUACACACAUACAUAUAUAAGAUAAUUGAAAUCAAAGCGAAUUCUUGUCAUGUAAAUUAGCAUUGAAUAUUCAAACGUUUUUAAACGAAUAUCGAGCUCAUGUAAUAUAAUAUAUAACUAAUUAUUUCUUUCAUCCGUUUUUUGCAAAACCGAUUUGAACAAAAACAAAAAGAUAGGUCUCAUUCGAGCAAGCGAAUCUCACACUUUUUAUAUGACGCGAGACGAAACAAUUGAUUAACGCGAAGAGACGAAUCUUGCGGAUCCGGGACGAACAAAACACUAUGCAUACAUCCAAGGCUUCUGUCUUUACUGCUUUUUAGUAUGAUACGAAUGCUACCAACAAGUCAAGUAUAGAUGGAAGCAUUUUAAAAUCAUUUUCGUUUCCCAUUUUUUUAACAAAUACACCCAAAAAAACAGUGCGUAUGAAAACCAUGACAAAGGAAAGGCUCAUUUUGCGAUGCUUUUCCUUUUUCCCCGUAAAAGAAAAUCACAUCCCCACACACACGCAUGUCAAUGCAUUAGGAACACAUUUCGGACGGUACAGUUAAUGCAAGCGUGGAUUGGUUGGUAAAAGAGUCAAUUGUGUAUAUAGCCGUAAACAAAAAGAAUUCAUUCAUCAUUACACAUGUAUAACCACACAAAAAACGUUGUAAUAAAUAAUUUAAACAUAUCUAUUGUACACGAACUGUUUCCAUUUUGUUGUUUGGUAAUGGUGAAUAUGUUUUUUAUACUAAAAUACCUUACUUGGGAGCACUUUAGACAGAAAAUAAUCAACUAAACGCCAGGUAUAUAAAGAGUUUGAAUCGCGGGGCCAAAAGAGUACGAACAUAAGUUUUGUCCAUUCAGUUUUUCGUGCACCAACUCGUUUGCUCGUUUUGAGAUACAGACCAUACUGCUCGCCAUAGAUGUAUUUAACUAGUAGAAAUGUUAGUGCAAGUAUUUGCAGGCAGGGUUUUAUGUGUAGGUUUAUUUAUUUUGCAAAACUAACUCCAAAUAUUAAUUGAAUUUAAUAAAUUGCUUGACAUGGUAUACGUCCCGUGGAAACGAUUUUGGUGGAGCGCAUAUAAAUAAGGACGUUUAAAAUUAGAAUGCCCUUAGAGUAGGCGAGGGCCACCGAAGAAAACACUGCCAAUUUGCGUACGGUAAAGGAACAUACAAAAAAAAACAUGACAACAAAAUAUCCAUAAUUAACCAUAAUUAGGUUCAAAUCAAGAUAGACGAGAGAUAGAUACAUUUUUGAAAACAUAUCGGUAUAGUUAAAAGGAAAGCAACUUUACGAAACGAAUGAUUAAAGUAAACUGACUCAAUUUCCGCUGUAUUGAGAGCUUCUCGAAAAGAUGCACAAGGGCAUCUGGUCGCAUCAACUUUCGAAUUUCGUGCAAAACGUGUGCGCAGUAAAAGAUUAAUCGGUUUUGUGUCAAUUUUGGCACGCGAAAAACAUACUGGGAAUGAUAUAAAAAGGUUACGCACAACCCCUCAAAGGCGAACAAAAAACAGUGGAAACUACGGUUGAAUGUACUCCUGUUUGUAUGGAUUUAGGUUUCUAAUCAGUCCCCCCGAAAGACGCUAUCUAUCUGUAUUGCUGUUUACUGGGACAUUAUACUAACAAUUUGUUUUUAAUUAUAAAUAAAACAAUAAAGCGAAAAGUGUAACACCGUU